AUGACGCAAUUCCCUCUUCAACUCGUCGAUUUCACGUUGCAUGUCUCUGUCAUUUUUUGCAUGGGAAACAUGACUCUUCCUUCGAGAUUGACUUUUACUGGGAUGAAGGGCACAAAUAAGGAUAUUGGGCCGUGGGCCGCACUCGAGGACAUCAAAGAGCCCGAAGAAAAGUACGUAUUAGUGAAGGCAAGUAGAUUACUGGGCCGAGAAAGAGGUUCAACUUCAAAUUCUUCUGAAGUCAACGUGGAAUUGCCAACAACUAAUGUUGCUAUUCCAAUUCCGGAAAAUGCGGAUGUUCCAAUUCCAGAAAAUGCGGAUGUUCCAAUCUCUCAAACACAAUUUCAAAGAAUUAACCUUGAUUCUUUGGAUUAUGAUCCCGGAACACGCAAACAAAUAUCUGAAUAUCAUGUUAAUCAACGUGAUGAAAUUCGACAGGCUUACAUUAAAAAAGGAAAAGAUCAUAACUCAGCUCAUAGAGUUGCUGAGCAAAUGUGUAAGGAUUUGAUGAACCAAUCGCAGCAUUUGCAAAGAGUAGUUGAUCAUUUCACUACUGAACAAAUUGCAAAUAAUCGGUUGCAAUUGAAGGCCACAAUUUUUAUUGUGCGAUAUCUUGCCUUUCAAGCUAUAGCUUUUAGAGGUCGAGAUGAAAGUUUUAGUUCAUUAAAUCGUGGGAACUUUCAUGAAUCAUUGGGCAUUGUGACUUUUUGGAAUGAGAAGGUUGCUGAAAUAAUAGAAAAAGCUCCAAAAAAUGCAACCUACACAUCACCUAAGAUUCAAAAGGAAAUUCUACAUGUUUUCUCAGCCAAAGUGAAGAAGGCCAUUCGGGAAGAAAUUGGUGAUGCAAAGUUUUGCAUAAUGGUUGAUGAAGCUCGUGAUGAGUCCAUGAAAGAGCAAAUGGCUGUGGUGUUUAGAUAUGUUGAUGCAGAAGGCUUUGUGAAAGAACGCUUUUUUGGGCUUAUUCAUGUUGUUGACAUUGCAGCUUUGACUCUAAAGAAGGGGAUAUAUUCUUUUGCUUCAUGCAAGCGCAAUGAGCAAUUGAAAGUUGCCAAUGCUAAUGAAAUAGCACGUUUGAUUGAUCUUGAAGAGCUUGAGACUGGAAGUGGAUUUAAUCAAAUUGGCACUUUACAACGACCUGGAGAAACACGUUGGAGUUCACAUUUUAGAUCAGUUUCUAGCUUAUUAAGGAUGUUUAGUUCAACUGUUGAAAUUUUACAAAAUAUAAUUGAUGGUGCAAUUGAUGGAGAAAAUUGGGCAGAAGGAGAAGAUGAUGGAUGGGAUGGCUUACUCACCACUGUGAUAUCAUUUUGUGAGAAGCAUCGCAUUGAUGUCCUGGAUAUGAAUGCUCGUUAUGUUGCGAGGCGAGGUCGAGCUCGUAAUCAACCAAAUAAUGUUACAAAUGAGCAUCAUUAUCGAGUAAAUAUUUUUUAUGCUACAAUAGAUUCUCAACUACAGGAACUAAAUUAUCGGUUUAAUGAAGAUGCAAUGGAGUUGCUUAGGCUUAGCUCAGCUUUAGAACCUCGAGAGGCAUUAAAAUCUUUCAGAAUUAGUGAUCUUUGUUUGUUGGUAAAGAAUCUCUAUCCACAAGAUUUCAUAGAUUAUGACAAACAAGUGUUGGAGAAGGAGUUUUAUCAUUUUGAGCAUAAUGUAGUCCAAGAUCCAGAGUUCAAAAAAUUGAAAAGUUUAUCUGAGUUGUCUCAAUGGUUAGUGAGAACUGGAAAUUCAGAACACUACAAACUUGUUUAUAGAAUGGUGAUACUUGUGCUUACUCUUCCAGUUUCUACUGCUACUACAGAGCGAGCAUUUUCAGCUAUGAAACUUGUCAAAACUGAACUUCGAAACAAAAUGGAAGAUGACUUUUUGAAUGACUCUUUGAUGUUAUACAUUGAAAAGGAUAUAGCUUUGACAUUUAGUUUGGAUUCAAUAGCUCGUGUAAUUGAACAACUGUAUUAA